AUGGUAUCAGAGCAAAAUGAUGCUUAUGCUUUAGCUCCUGAGCUUUUAGUUUAUGAUCCUCCUGCUUCAGUUCCUGCAUCUGCAACAAAAGCAGAGGACGUUUUCAGUCCCUUUUUUCUGCAUCAUGGAGAUAGUCCUGCUUGGAAGAGGUGCAAUCAUAUGGUUAUUUCAUGGCUUUUGAACUCCAUUUCCAAAGAACUUGCUGCUAGUGCCCUGUAUAUUGAUACUGCUGCUGCUAUUUGGCCUGAUCUUAAGGAGAUGUUUUCACAAACUAAUGGACCAUUCGACAAAUGCUACAAAGUGCACGGAUAUCCAACAGGAUAUAAGUUUAAAAACAAGAAUCAUGUUGUUCAUGGAGUUGCAAAUCAAGUAGAAUAUGCUCAUGAUGUAGCCAAUGAUCUUGCGCAAUUCUCAUUCACUAAGAAUCAGUAUCAACAGCUACUAUCCUUAAUUCAACCCACUGAUGAAGCAUCUUUGCCAUUCACAGGCACUCGCACUAUCAAUUCUCAAAAUGGAAGCACCUCUGGUUUACAAGAGCAUGCCUUAGCAAAUCUGGCAGACAUCGGUGCUACAAAUCAUAUGGUAUGUACAAUUCAUUUACUCACAGAAAUCACAGUUACAGUUUCACAGUUUGUUAACCUUCCAAAUGGUACUUUAGCAAAAGUUACACAUGUUGGUUCAGUUAAACUUUCAAACUCGAUUGUUCUGGAGAAUGUUCUGUGUGUGCCAUCUUUUGCAUUCAAUCUGUGUGACAUUUGCCCUAUGGCUAAGUUGCACGGAUUACCCUAUGUUUCUAGUGAAAUAAAGAGUUGUGCUCCAUUUGAUCUAAUACAUGCUGAUCUAUGGGAUCCUUUCUCUAUUACCGCUAUUGAUGGUUCAAAGACUUUUCGUUGCUUAUGUUUUGCUUAUACGCUCACUAGAAAUCGAUCAAAGUUUGAUUCUCGAGCAAUCAAAUGUAUCUUUCUUGGCUGUCCAUAUUCUGUCGAGGGCUAUAAAUUCCUAGAUCUUCAAACUCAAGCUAUCUUCAUAUCAAGAAAUGUUGUAUUUUAUGAAGACACCUUUCCAUACAAACAACUCCCUUUAAAUAAUGAUGACCCAUUUGUCUUACCUAAUCCAAUUCCAGAACCUUCCUUUCCCAUUUUUCCUUCCCAUGUAUCUCCUAUAACUAAAAAUGUUUUACCAAACACUUCACCAGAUCACCAAAAUAACCCUAUUCCUCCACCAGAAAAUCAUAUAGCUUCACAUGACAUAAACCCUCAUCUGAGAAGAUCUACAAGAAUUAAACAAACCCCCUCUUAUCUUCAGCGUUAUCAUUGUCAUUUGGCUCAAAAUUUUCUUAACAGAUUUGAUCAGUCCACAAGCAUGGUUUUUUCAAGCUUAAGCCCCAGCUGUGAUAUCCAGAAUUAUCUUGCUUAUGAUAAACUUUUAUUUUCCCAUCGAGCAUAUGCUCUUAAUAUCACUAACAUGACUGUACCUCAAACUUUUGAUCAAGCUAUAAAGGAUCCCAAGUGGUGUGAUGCAAUGACUAAGGAAAUUAAAGCACUUGAGGAUAAUAACACGUGGACAAUCAUCCGUUUACCCCCGGUAAAGUCCCCAUUGAUUGUAAAUGUGUUCAAAAUGAAGUUGAAAGCUGAUGGGUCUUUGGAAAGGUAUAAAGCCAGAUUAGUGGCUAAGGGCUAUUCUCAAAAAGAAGGUUUUGAUUAUCUUGAAACCUUUUCUCUAGUGGCAACGCUUACUUCUGUGAGAGUCCUUUUGGCUGUAGCUGCUACUAAGGAUUGGAAAAGAUCUAGGAACGUUGAAAUAUUUCCUAGGACUAGAGGUGGCUCGGUCUAA